GGUUCACGGCACAGUGUAAACGAGAGCUGUGCGCUUCAUUUGAUAAACAGAGGAUAAACACACAGUUUUAGCAUUGAUUUGUCCCCGCGGGACUUCGGAGGACCGAGUGGUCUGAGGGAGAGCAACCAUGGACAUCCCAACGCCGCCUGAAGAUCAGGAGCUGAGGAAUGUCAUCGACAAGCUGGCCCAGUUUGUCGCCCGAAAUGGCCCUGAGUUUGAGAAGAUGACCAUGGAAAAGCAGAAGGACAACGCCAAGUUCUCCUUUCUCUUUGGAGGAGACUACUUCUCCUACUACAAGUACAGACUGGCCAUGGAACAGCAGCCGCAUGCCUCUGCUCGAGAUGCGGAGGACUUGAAAUCUCCAGACAUGUACAACCCUCGGACCAAAGAGGGGGGAGAACUUCCUGCUGCCUCCAUCCCCUUUUUGGGCCCAUCCAUCGCUCCUCCUGGGGUCCCUCCACCAGGCGCCCCUCCUCCGGGGGCCCCUCCCAUUGAAGAACUGAUUCAGCAGAGCCUGUGGAACCUGCAGCAGCAGGAGCAACACCUCAGCUCCCUUCGGCAGGAGCAGGUGACGGCGGCUAUCGCUCUGGCCGUGGAGCAGCAGACUCAGAAACUACUACAAGAGACCCAACUGGACAUGGCUGAGUUUGAUAGUGUGCUGCAGCCUAUUAUCGACAUGUGCACCAAGGACGCCAUUUCGGCUGGAAAGAACUGGAUGUUCACCAACGCCAAGAGCCCUACGCACUGUGAGCUGAUGACGUCACACCUAAGGAAUCGCAUCACUGCUGACGGAGCACACUUUGAGCUGAGGCUGCACCUCAUCUACUUGACUAAUGAUGUGCUGCACCAUUGCCAGAGGAAACAUCAGAAGGACCUGCUGGCCGCUCUGCAGAAGGUAGUGGUGCCCAUCUACUGCACCAGCUUCUUGGCUGUGGAGGAGGAGAAGCAGCAGAAGAUCACCAGGUUAUUGCAGCUUUGGGAGAAAAAUGGAUACUUUGAUGAAGAGACCAUUCAACAGCUGCAGAACCCGGCUCUGGGUCUGGGCCAGUACCAAGCCUCUCUGAUCACGGAGUAUGCUGGUGUGGUGCAGCCCAUCCAGGUGGCCUUCCAGCAGCAGGUGCAAGCUCUCAAGGCCCAGCACGAGGAGUUUGUUUCCAGCCUGAAGAAGCGGCACCAGCCCCAGUCCGCCCCAUCACAGAUCCCCCUGUUGGAGACAGACAACCCCCCUGGCAUUGCCCCACCAGCAGAUGUGAAAGCGGUCAUCCCUAGCCCAGCCCCCAGAGAGCUGGACACAGCCCCUCCACGCACACAGGAGCCCUCCUCCAGUGAUCUGCCCCCAAGCAAGUCCGCCUGGUAUGACCCACAGCCCAUGGGCCCCUGGAACCCCAACCAGCCGCCCCCUUUCGACCCCAACCAGCCGCCUCCCUGCCUGCCCUGGAGCACCCAUGAGGGCAUGUGGAAUGAGCAGAGGGACCCCGGCAGCUGGAGCGGGGGCCCCCCCAGAGAUGGUAGUCCCUGGAAUGGCCCUGGGGGAUCUGAGUCAGGUACUCCAGCAUGGAAUUCGUUUGACCCACCCAGUAACUGGGGCAAUCAGUCUGAACAGCCUCCAUGGGGUCAGCGGGAACCCCCCUUCCCUCCACGGAUGCAGAGACCCCCACACUUCAGAGGGCCGUUUCCUCCACACCAGCAACCCCCUCCCUUUAACCAGCCCCCUCCUCCACACAACUUCGGCCGGUUCCCCCCUCGUUUCAUGCAGGACGAGUUUCCUCCAAGACACCCAUAUGACCGGCCCCCGUACCCCCCGCCACGCUUUGACUACCCCCAAGAGUUCCCUGGAGACAUGCCAGGACCACCCCCACACCACCAUCCCAAUCAAAGAAUGCCUCCUGGCGGUAUGGGAGGUGAACGCCCUCCUUGGGGUGGCAGCCAGCACCCAGACUUUGGCCCCCCUCCCCAUGGUUUCAACGGUCACUCCCCACACGUGCGCCACCGACAGCCCCUGAUCCAGGACGACCCCAGUUUGGUCCCAAAUGUGCCGUAUUUCGAUCUGCCCGCCGGACUCAUGGCCCCUCUGGUCAAGCUGGAAGACUCUGACUACAAACCUCUGGACCCCAAAGACAUCAGGCUGCCCCCUCCUAUGCCUCCCAGCGACCGCCUGCUGGCUGCAGUGGAGGCAUUCUACAGCCCCCCGUCUCACGACCGCCCACGGAACAGUGAGGGCUGGGAGCAGAACGGCCUGUACGAGUUCUUCAGAGCCAAGAUGAGGGCACGAAGGAAGAAGGAGCAGGAAAAACACAACAGUGGUCGUGGGGAUAGCCGAUCCCGCAGCAGAGGCAGGUCUUCCUCUCGCUCCAGCUCGCACUCUUCCAAGUCAUCUCGCUCCAGGUCCAGGUCCUCCAGGAGCCGCUCCUCCUCCCGCUCCAGGUCCCAGAGCAGGUCAAGAUCAUCCCGGUCUCGGUCUGGAUCCAGGUCUCGCUCACGGUCCCCCGCGAAACGCAGAGGAACUGCCAAGUCACCACCCCCCGUGCCCUCUCUGGGAGGCCUGCCCCCCAAACUGGCUGUAGACUCAAGGCUCGGAGAGGAAAACAAGGGCCACCAGCUGCUAAUGAAAAUGGGCUGGAGCGGCUCCGGGGGGCUGGGAGCCAAAGAGCAGGGCAUCCAGGACCCCAUCAAGGGAGGAGACGUGCGUGACAAGUGGGACCAAUACAAGGGUGUGGGCGUGUCCCUGGAUGACCCUUACGAGAACUACAGGAGGAACAAGAGCUACAACUUUGUGGCCCGCAUGAAGGCCCGAGAAGAAGUGAAUCGAGAACCCCCAGAGGCUCCACCCACAGACUGAUGACAUCCCCACAUUUUGUUGAAGUCCUUUUGUCUUUGUAUUUUUUUUUUACUGUAAUAAGUUUUAGAUAUACUUGUUUCUGAAUAAUGCUUCAUAUUGUCACCAUCCAACAUAAAUAAAGUCUAGAGUUCCCCG